UCUUUUUAUAUUUUCAUAGCAGUUGGUGAAUAAUAUUUAGCUACUAUAAGAUACUUGAGUUUAUUUUAUCAUUCUUAUUUUGUAAGAUGUAUUUUCGAUACUAUGGAUUUUAUCUUUUAAUAAUAAUUUCUAGUGUGAUGAUGAAAGCAAAAACACAAAACCAACAUACAAUCGUGAAGCGCAACGCAUGGCAACUUGGUAAAAUGAUUCAAUGCGCACAGAACAUUACCAGAUGGCAUUCAUUCUGGGCGAUGAGUUAUUACGCUGACUAUGGAUGUUUUUGUGGCCAGGGUGGAUCGGGAUCUCCUGUUGAUGAAUCCGACAGAUGCUGUUACAUUCACGAUCAAUGUUACGGCGAGGUUGAAUCAAAGAGUCAACUCUCGGGAUCGAGAUUCUAUUGGGCAACUUAUCAGUAUGAAUGCACCCAAGGAUGCAUCUCGUGUUACGGGAAUGGAUGGCGACAAGAAUUAUGCAAAUGUGACAAAGAUCUUGCACAGUGUCUCGCGACUCAUCGUGUUUCCUAUUUGUCAUCGAAUAUAAAUUUGAACAUUUCAAAACAUUGUUGAGAAUAUUUUAUGUCCAUUUCCAUCAAAUGUCUUUUAUUGUUCCGGUAAAUUUUAUUACAUAUAUAUAUGUAGCUUCAAUUUAGUCAAUGUUUUACAUUUUAUGAUGAAUAAGGCAAUGUCUUACAUUUUAUGAUGAAAAAUUUCAACAGUUCCCCAAUUAUAUUGGAAAUUUGAAAAG